CCCAGUUCGUCUGCCAUCUAUUUUGUUGAUAAAUGGUUAACAAAAUGACAAUUUAAAUUGUAUAAGUCUGUGUACUCUCCGAUUUUGUAAACUUAUUUCAGAAAAUCUUGUAAACUAGGUACACAAGUCUAAAAUUAUAUGCAUUUCCAUAGGCGCAUUAUCUAAAACGUACAGAAACAAAUGUCAGAAGUGAAGUGGGAAUCGGUCCCUUGUUUGGCUGACAGUAUGGCUGAUCCUGAAGAAAACGAAGUAAUGAUGGUCAGUGUAUCGAGUACUUCAUCUACCGUAUUAAGUACUGCUUUUGGUUUUACCGAAAGUAUACUCUGGGAUCCAACUAUGAGUGUGGACUGGAGUAAAGAGACACCUUCACCUCAGUGUUUAAUGCGAAUUAAAAGAGAUAUCAUGACCAUCUAUAAUGAACCACCUCCUGGUAUGUUCAUAGUGCCAGAUGAAUCUGACAUGACUUUGAUUCAUGCACUACUUACUGGCACAUUCGAUACUCCCUACGAGGGUGGGUUCUUUUAUCUUCUGUUGCGCUGCCCGCCAGAUUAUCCUAUUCAUGCCCCCAGGGUAAAGUCCAUGACUACUGGAGAAGGUAAAGUGAGGUUCAAUCCUAACCUCUACAAGAAUGGUAAAGUGUGCCUCAGCAUUUUAGGAACCUGGUCAGGGCCUUCAUGGAGUCCAGCUCAAAGUAUAUCCAGCGUUUUGUUAUCAAUACAGUCACUCCUGAAUGAAAAACCUUACUUCAAUGAACCAGGUUUUGAAAAAGAAAGAAAUCCUGGAGACAGUGCUCGUUAUAAUCAAAUAAUCAAGCAUGAAACCCUGCGAGUUGCAGUUUGUGAUAUGCUUGAAGGUAGCACUUGUGAUUCACUCAACUGCCCUCAGCCACUCAGAGAUGUGAUGGAAAAAUCAUUUCCCGAGUUCUAUGAUUACUAUGAAUCUGUAGCCAAGGCAAAUAUGCAUCUCACAAAACAGCACAUGUUGGAUCCAUUUGGAGAAAAGAGGGGCAUUUUCGACUAUGCAUCCAUCUUGCAGAGGUUGCAGGCCAUCAAAGCGAAACUGGAGGCCAAGCAGCCACCUCCCUUCGUCGGGCCGAGUCCGGAGUCUCCCUCCGAGAGCUCCGAUUCUUCCUGAUUCCAUCACAGCUGUUGGGUUAAUGUUAUGUAUCUUUGUUGUCCUUGUACAGAAUAACUAUAUGAGAGUCAAUAAAUUAUUGUUUUUAUGAG